UUUUCCGACUCAAAAAAUAGUUUAAUUCAUCCCCUCUUGCAGAUAGCAUUGAAGGCCAGAUCGUAUCUUAUCUUUGACUUAAUAUGGCUAUUGAUCGCAAAGGAAGAGCUGUCGUGAUUAUGGGAGUUAGUGGCGCUGGCAAAACCACAAUAGGUGACAUGUUGGCCAAAGUUUUGAACUGUAGCUUUCUUGAUGCUGAUGAUUUCCAUCCACUGUCAAACAAAGAAAAGAUGAGGCAAGGUAUUCCCCUCUCAGAUGAGGAUCGAAUUCCUUGGCUAGAAAUGCUACGGGAUGUCCUAAAAGAUAAAUUAGAAGAUGGAAAAACUGUGAUACUUGGGUGUUCUUCACUGCAGAAACAUUACAGAGAAAUUCUAAGAUCCGCCGAUGCGGAUUACGUUCUUGGGAGCUAUGCUGGUAGGGUGCAGUUUGUUCUAUUGGAUGCGCAGGCCAAUGUUCUUGCUGCUCGGCUCGAGAAACGAGCCGCGGAAGGGAAACAUUUCAUGCCGGCAGCACUUCUGCAAUCACAACUAGAGUUGCUUAACAUAGAUGAAGGUGAAGGGAUAUUCAAAGUCGACGCCACCUUAAGCCCUCUGGUGAUCGUAAGCAAAAUACAAGCAUUUUUGCACUCUAAUUCUGAUCAAAUCAUCGAUGAACAGUCCACCGGGAAUAAGGAUUUUUAAAGAAGUUGAGAAUUU